AUGUUGUCAUUUUUAUUUGUACUUAUUUUCUCAGCGAGUUUCGUGGCUCCGGAUAAUUUGAGUGAGUUAGCCUAAUCUAAAAGUUAAGAAAUUAAUAUUGAUUUUUAGGUUGCCCUUCAAAUCCCAUCGCUUAUUCCAAACCAGCUGAUACUAACACAAUAUUUCAUUAUCCAAACACUUCAAAUCAAAUUUUCAACCAUGGCAAUACUUGUGAAUUCAAUUUUAAUGUCCCAUAUGGUUAUGCGAUUUCCCUAACAUUUUCAACAAAUGGAAGUGCAACGGUGAUAGAUUCGAACAAGAUUUCAAAAAUCUAUGAAUCAAAUGAUAAUAAUCUUGUGUUUUUAUUGUCUCCUGGAGGAAGUUUACAAUUCAAUACAAUUGGUGAAAUAUCAUAUUUCAACAUGACUUUCCAAUAUUUCACAAUCUAUCCAGAAUAUCAAUUUAAUAUCAAUAUUUCUGCGUCAUCUCGCGACCCAUUCUCAUCAAAUAGUAUCUUCGAAUAUCCGACUGUUAUUACAUCAGACACUCGAAUCUCUUUAAUAACAAUUCCAACAAUCGACGCGCCUUUGCCUGAUCUUUCGGAAUAUGUUCAACAAUUGAAAGCGACUGUGAUUUUUGAUGGGCCAAAUAUUAAUUCGAGUUAUAUUGGAAGUUUAUACGAUCAGUAUUUUUCGGAAAAUCAAUUGGUUUCAACAGGAAAAAGUUUGACAAUUGUGACGAUUGGAAAUCCAAAUCCAAAUCUUCGAGAUAUUGCAACUAUUGUUCUACAGGAUUAUAGCCUAACUUCAAAAUACAAUCCUUAUUUUGGUGUUGCUUUGAAAAAUAACCAUGAUAUUCGAAAUGUUCAAAUAAAUCUAGGAACCAACAAUCAAGCGGCAGCAUUUUUAACGAUUAUGGGAACCCGAAUGGCUGAAUAUUUGAUGUCUACAGAUUUGAAUCAAGGAAAAAUCGAUGUUUACAUUGGCUCAACUUUUGAUGAAAAUUUGAUUGCGAGUUAUGAUAAGGAUAAUGUGAAGAAUUCGUUGCCUCAAGAAAUUCUGGGAAUUCAUCGAACUUACGUGAUUAGUGGGAAUAGUGAAGGACAUGUUAGUUUGAAUUUGACAAGGAGUUCAGAAGCUUGUGAGUUUUUGAAGAAGUUCAUGAUUAAAAAUUGAAAUUCCAAGAAUUCUGGAAAUCUAAAAAUUAGAAAAGAUAAAAAUUAUUUUAAACGUGACCUCUUUUUUAUCAUUUCGAAAAAAAAUUCAAAUUUCAUUUCAGCCGGUUUUUCGAACGCUUUCAUUGGUCGCAAAGGAUUCCUCGCCUCGAGAUACUACAAAUCGCCCCAAGUUCUAUCCAUCGAUGAAUCUGCUGAUUACCUCAACUCAAAUCUAUCGCUCAACUUCAAUCUCGACAUCAAACACGUCGAUUUAACCGGAAACAGUUCGCUAUAUGUAAAUGCUGCAUUUUUCAACAAGGAUACUGCGAAUCUGUGUUUCAAUCGAACGAAUCUGGCGCCAGCGAAUUUGAUUGUUCCAGGGUCGAAAUUGCAAGUAUAUUAUGUGACUGAUUUGAAUACGACUGGAUUUUAUUUGGAUUAUCAGAUUACAGAUAAUAAGUCUGUUGGCUUGCCAGCGAUUUUCACAAUUUUCAUUGUGAUUUUAAAUAUAAUGAAUUAA